AUGGCGCUCCGGGACGAGGAGGAGGAGCUCCACAUGGUCCACGUCGACGACCAAGACCACAAGGCCGUCAUCGGCAUCCUCUACGAGAUCGGCAACCCCGACCCUUUCUACGACCAGCUGACGGAGAAGCUGCGCGAGCUCAAGACGACGCCCACCGUGGCGGCAGGCGUGGUGGAGCUCAAGUCGCUGCAGAAGCGGACGGGGAGCUACUUCCGGUACAUGGGUUCGCUCACCACGCCGCCCUGCACGGAGAAGGUGGUGUGGAACAUUCUGGGCAAGGGCAGGGAGCUGAGCACAAAUCAUAUCUCUUUGUCUCCUCUCACGAAUGAGUGCGGUGUCUGUCGGGUGCUGGCUAGCAGGGAGUAA